AUGGCAUCCAUCGCCGACCUCGACGCGCGUAUCCAAAACCUCCCGCAGGAGCUGCAAGACAUGAUCCUCGGAUUCACAGAAGCCUUUGAGACUCCAGCCACCAUCGCAUUCACCAAGGACUAUAAGCCACCUCUUGGUCUACAACUAAACCGUACGAUGCGUGCCGAGUUUGCGAAGCGAUACUACGAAACUGUCGUAUUCGAGAUGUCAAUUUUUUCUUCGAGCCCUACUUAUUUGCAACAGUUGGAGGCCUUCAAGCGCUGGCUAUCUGUCCUCACGUCUUCACAUCAGAAAGCCCAGCAAACCGUUCGUGUGACGCUCAGGGACCCCCAGCAUUCGUCAUGGAAGAAUGUAGGCAGAUCGAUCUACAACAGCUUGUUCCUGGCCGUCGUCAAGGUAGAUCUCGCUUGCUCUGAUAAGCUCGAAAAGCUUCAUUUGGAGUUCAUCUACGUCGAUGAGGACGGUGGUGUGAAAUGCAGCCACAUGGGAGACUACGCAGUCUAUCACAAGUAA